GCAGAUAAGCACUUGUCGUAUAAGAAUACUAUUUGCAUGUAUAGAAAAUUGCUUGAAUUUCCAGCAGCUGACCUGUCUAUGUGUGUCACAUUCACAUUUUGCAUAACAAAAAUUUCAUAAGUUUCGUCUCGCAACAAUUUCAUCGCAAUCAUUUGUCGCUCUUCAGUUUUAAUUUUCGCUUUGCAACUGAAGCAAUCGUUUGCAUCAUAUUCGUUUUUUGUUUCAUUUUCAUUUAGUUUUGGCUGGGUGAAUUGAAAUCUUUGGUACACGCUGCGUUGUUGUUGUUACUCUUCUUCUUUUUUACGCUUGUGUGUGAAUUUUUGUUUUCAUCUUUUUGAUAUAAAAAAAAUAGAUUCUGCUUUGACAUUAUAUCGGGGAGAGAGUAUUUCUCAUUUGUGUCAUAGAUAGAGCGAGAGCGUGUACAUUAACGUGAGAUUAUUGAACCGAAAUUGAAAUGGCCAGUAUUUUUGCAAAUGUUGAGGUCGGACCCAAAAUUGAAGUGUUUGCAUUGAACAAGCUUUAUGUGGAAGACACGAGCCCAGUUAAAGUUAAUCUAGGCGUUGGAGCCUAUAGAACACCAGAUGGUCGCCCAUGGGUUCUCCCCGUAGUGAAGAAGACAGAAAUCCAAGUUGCUGAAAGCGAGAAUAUAAAUCAUGAGUAUUUGCCGGUGACUGGUUUGGAAAGUUUCACAAAGGCAUCGGUUCGAUUGUUGCUCGGUGAAGAAUCGGCAGCCGUCAAAGAGAACCGUGCCCAUGGUGUACAAGCAUUGAGUGGCACUGGAGCAUUGCGUUUGGGCGCUGAAUUUUUGUCACGAAAAUUGGGCCGCAACGUUGUUUACUACUCGGACCCAACAUGGGAAAAUCAUCAUAAAGUAUUUUCUGGCGCUGGUUUCACUGAUAUCCGCACUUACAGAUAUUGGAAUGCGGAAAAGCGUGGAAUCGAUAUCGAUGGAUUGCUCGACGAUUUGAAAAAUGCUCCCGAAGGUGCUGUCAUUAUUUUACACGCUUGUGCUCAUAAUCCCACCGGUUGCGAUCCCACACAAGAACAAUGGAAACUUAUUGCUGAUGUUAUUGAGAGUAAAAAAUUGUUCCCAUUCUUCGAUUCGGCUUACCAAGGAUUUGCAAGUGGUGAUCCAGUACGUGAUGCAUUCGCUGUUCGUUAUUUUGAAUCGCGCGGUUCUGAAUUGUUCUGCGCUCAAUCAUAUGCCAAAAAUUUUGGUUUAUAUUGUGAACGAGUUGGUAAUUUGACGGUGGUGCAAAAGGAUGCAGCAACCACCGCUGCCGUUCUUUCACAAUUAACAUUAAUCGUUCGUGCCAUGUACUCAAACCCACCGGCAUUUGGUGCACGCAUCGUUGAUGCCGUACUCAAUGACCCAAUUUUGCGCAAAGAAUGGUAUGAAUGCAUAAAAAUCAUGUCGAAUCGUAUUAUCAAAAUGCGUAAAGCCCUGUACGAUGAGCUCGUUCGCUUGGGUACACCCGGCACAUGGAACCACAUUGUUGAUCAAAUUGGAAUGUUUUCGUACACAGGAUUGAAUGAAAAACAAGUGAAGCUCUUAAUUGAUAAAUUCCAUAUUUAUUUAUUGAAAACGGGCCGCAUUAGUAUGAGCGGUUUGAAUGAGAAUAAUGUCUCACAUGUUGCCAAAGCUAUUCACGAGGCUGUUACAACGAUUCCAAAUUAAACACCCGAAUAAAUGCCAACCAGUCCAAAUAAAUAGACACAACAACAACAACAACGACAACAAACACAUCAGCAUUCAACAACACUCUGCUGCUGUGCACACUUCAAUACAUUUUGUGCAGUGCAUAAAAGUGGAUGCAAUUGUUGUGUUUUUCUCUACUUUCUUUCAUAACAGAAUUUUUUUUUUAAUGGGAUCAAUUCUAUAUUUAUUGAAUCGCAUUCACAGCACAAUAAUAACGAAAAUAUUGCAUUUUAACGAAUUUCCACUUAGCUGGAGAGAUAAAAUAUUGAACACGAAUUUUUCCCUGGCUUAUUUUUGUUAGCAUUUCAAUUGAUAAUUUUUAAUUUUUUUUUCUGCUGUUAUUGUUAAUAAAUGAGCAGCUUUUGAUCGGAUUUUUAAAAUAAAACCCACACACUCACACAUAAAAAUUCACCAUUCAAAAAAGCAUGAAAAAUAAUUUUAUAUAUUCUGUAAAUACUCUAUUUUUUGUGUAAGUGUGUUUGAGAAUGCACUAAAUUAUUUUUGAGCCCUGGUUUUUUUUUUCAUUUUGAUGCUCGAUAGAAAAAAAAAUGUUUUUUUUUGCAUUUAAAUCGAACAUUUAAAUUUAGUUAUGGAAAAAAAUCACCCAAAAAAAUAGAAAAAAACUCUGUUGAUAAUUGAACCAUGUUAUAUUUUGUAGAAAUGGAGCACGCUUCGUGCGAAUUUACAUAUAUAGGUGCUAAUUGUAGCAAAUAAAAUAUUGCAAAUAUGUAGAGUUAAACGAAAUGUUAAAGUGCAAAGCAAUGUCAACAUGUUGAUUUUCACAUUUAUACAACAUGCAACUGUUUCAGCAUAGAUGCAAUUCAUACAAUCACCCAAUAAAAACAAACAUAAACAUUGACUCUGAACAAAAUGUAUCAAUCAAAAAUAGGACUCAGACAAUAUAUACAAUACUUACCCAAUCUUAAGAAAUUGUUUUGGACAAAAUAAAAAUGAUUGCAUUUGAAACUUUAA